AUGCAGUCACGAUCGAAAAGACUUUCAAGUGCGUUGGAAGCUUGGGCGGGGCCAAUAACACGUUCGAAAAGAAGCACAAAGAAUGUCAAGUCAGAUCAUCCAGCAGCAGGCAAUCUCUCUCCAGAGGAACUUACGGCAGUACCUGCGAAAUCUUUUCCCAAAUUCCGAGAGCUGCCACUCGAGCUUCGAAUCAUCAUUUUCGAGUUCGCGAUAUCUCCCGACACUUUCAUCGAAGCAAUCUUCCUCCAUGGCGAGCACCGAUUCCACGUCUCGUCACCAAACGCCCCAUCUAUACCUCCGACCCAUCAGAAGUAUUCAACAUCUGCGCUCUUACCGAUCUACCUUGAGCCAUCUACAAAUCUUGCUAUGAAACGUCCUCUUAAACUCCCUCCAACUAAGCCUAUUUACAUACAUAUCAAGGACGUCCUUUACAUUCCAGAAAUCCAUGCUCUAGACGUUACUGCCUUCUUAAGACGGGAAGAGAACCAAGCUAUUGAGAAUCUAGCUAUACAAGCAAGCAGCGCCUUGAGAUUGGGAGGUGAUAUCGACGACUCUGACUCCUUUUCCUACUCAAUAAGGGCCUUCCGCGAGGGUGAACUCGUCCGUGGAUUGAAGAAUUUGAAGAAGCUAUACAUUGUCGAAGGUCCAGAUCUGGGCAGAGAGAGAAGGCUGGUCCGGGAUCCGGCGUACAAGUGGCGGUUCUCGUGGUCGAGGGUCAAAGAAGGGGCUGAAAUGGGGAACACUUAUGCCGGCAUAUUCAAGCGGAACUACAAACAUGAAUGGAAUACAGGCGUUGCAGACUCGAUCGCGCAGGCUAUCGAUACAGAGAGUAAUAUGAUGAAACAACAGGGUAAGAGCUGGAAUCCGCCAGAGCUGAUAUUUCGGGAGUUGAAAAGAACGUUGGUUGAGGCAUGA